AUGGCCCGCUCCAGCUCUCUGCUCGCUUUCUUGCUGUUGGCGCUUGGCUGCUCCGCGAUGCUUUGCUUUGUGGGCACAACUCCAUCUCCUGUGAGCAAGUCUUUGCGCGCGCCAGCGGUUCAGAUGGAGGCACGCGGUGGCAGUGAGGGCGCGCUUGGCGACAUGAGCCCUGACACUUACAUCAUCGGAAUCACGGAAGACAGUCAUGAAGUGAUCGCAGCAGCUGCAGGCAUGCGCGACCCGGCGGCCAUUUUCAGCCUUGCAAUGGCCCGCUCCAGCUCUCUGCUCGCUUUCUUGCUGUUGGCGCUUGGCUGCUCCGCGAUGCUUUGCUUUGUGGGCACAACUCCAUCUCCUGUGAGCAAGUCUUUGCGCGCGCCAGCGGUUCAGAUGGAGGCACGCGGCGGCAGUGAGGGCGCGCUUGGCGACAUGAGCCCUGACACUUACAUCAUCGGAAUCACGGUGUUUGGAAUUGCAUCCUUGUUCGCCAACAUCAGCGGAAUCAGCUAUGCUGCAGGCGUGCCGAGAGUCGCUCCUGCUGUGCCGGCUUUCUGUUCACCAAGCCUUGCAAUGGCCCGCUCCAGCUCUCUGCUCGCUUUCUUGCUGUUGGCGCUUGGCUGCUCCGCGAUGCUUUGCUUUGUGGGCACAACUCCAUCUCCUGUGAGCAAGUCUUUGCGCGCGCCAGCGGUUCAGAUGGAGGCACGCGGCGGCAGUGAGGGCGCGCUUGGCGACAUGAGCCCUGACACUUACAUCAUCGGAAUCACGGUGUUUGGAAUUGCAUCCUUGUUCGCCAACAUCAGCGGAAUCAGCUAUGCUGCAGGCGUGCCGAGAGUCGCUCCUGCUGUGCCGGCUUUCUGUUCACCAAGCUUUGCAAUGGCCCGCUCCAGCUCUCUGCUCGCUUUCUUGCUGUUGGCGCUUGGCUGCUCCGCGAUGCUUUGCUUUGUGGGCACAACUCCAUCUCCUGUGAGCAAGUCUUUGCGCGUGCCAGCGGUUCAGAUGGAGGCACGCGGCGGCAGUGAGGGCGCGCUUGGCGACAUGAGCCCUGACACUUACAUCAUCGGAAUCACGGUGUUUGGAAUUGCAUCCUUGUUCGCCAACAUCAGCGGAAUCAGCUAUGCUGCAGGCGUGCCGAGAGAAGACAGUCAUGAAGUGAUCGCAGCAGCUGCAGGCAUGCGCGACCCGGCGGCCAUUUUCAGCUCUCUGCUCGCUUUCUUGCUGUUGGCGCUUGGCUGCUCCGCGAUGCUUUGCUUUGUGGGCACAACUCCAUCUCCUGUGAGCAAGUCUUUGCGCGCGCCAGCGGUUCAGAUGGAGGCACGCGGCGGCAGUGAGGGCGCGCUUGGCGACAUGAGCCCUGACACUUACAUCAUCGGAAUCACGGUGUUUGGAAUUGCAUCCUUGUUCGCCAACAUCAGCGGAAUCAGCUAUGCUGCAGGCGUGCCGAGGGAAGACAGUCAUGAAGUGAUCGCAGCAGCUGCAGGCAUGCACGACCCGGCGGCCAUUUUCAGCUCUCUGCUCGCUUUCUUGCUGUUGGCGCUUGGCUGCUCCGCGAUGCUUUGCUUUGUGGGCACAACUCCAUCUCCUGUGAGCAAGUCUUUGCGCGCGCCAGCGGUUCAGAUGGAGGCACGCGGCGGCAGUGAGGGCGCGCUUGGCGACAUGAGCCCUGACACUUACAUCAUCGGAAUCACGGUGUUUGGAAUUGCAUCCUUGUUCGCCAACAUCAGCGGAAUCAGCUAUGCUGCAGGCGUGCCGAGGGUCGCUCCUGCUGUGCCGGCUUUUUGUUCACCAAGCCUUGCAAUGGCCCGCUCCAGCUCUCUGCUCGCUUUCUUGCUGUUGGCGCUUGGCUGCUCCGCGAUGCUUUGCUUUGUGGGCACAACUCCAUCUCCUGUGAGCAAGUCUUUGCGCGCGCCAGCGGUUCAGAUGGAGGCACGCGGCGGCAGUGAGGGCGCGCUUGGCGACAUGAGCCCUGACACUUACAUCAUCGGAAUCACGGUGUUUGGAAUUGUCGCUCCUGCUGUGCCGGCUUUCUGUUCACCAAGCCUUGCAAUGGCCCGCUCCAGCUCUCUGCUCGCUUUCUUGCUGUUGGCGCUUGGCUGCUCCGCGAUGCUUUGCUUUGUGGGCACAACUCCAUCUCCUGUGAGCAAGUCUUUGCGCGCGCCAGCGGUUCAGAUGGAGGCACGCGGUGGCAGUGAGGGCGCGCUUGGCGACAUGAGCCCUGACACUUACAUCAUCGGAAUCACGGUGUUUGGAAUUGCAUCCUUGUUCGCCAACAUCAGCGGUGAGGAGUACACGCUCUGCGCCAAAGAGGUCCUUUCCUUGGUAUUCAUCUCGCCGUGCAUCUGGUACAUCUUGAGCGUCAUCAGCCAGUAUGAUGACCGGCUCCAAGCGAAGCAGCGCGCGGCCAAAUUGGAAAAGGAGAACCUUGCGCGCUCCUACAACGACCUGCUCUCCGACAUGGACGGGCUACUCUCCAAGUCGGCCGAGUCCUCCGCCGGCCUGGCGGAGCGGACUUUCGAGUCCAAGCGCAGGGACUUCCAGCGCUUCCUGGAGCGCGUGAAGGAGAAGUACAAGGUCCUCGCUGGCACCAAGGACGGGGAGCAGGUGCUUCGGCAGUUCAAGCGCUUCUGCCAGAACUGGCUGAAGGUCUUUCAGGAGUGUUCCAUUGAUCCGAUCAAUCACCCAAAGAAGGUCGUCGACGACAAGGACUUGGAGCACUGCAACUCCAUCGCAGAGGUGGCGGACCUCUGCCUGGACCGGCUGAAGAAAACGGAGGCCACCACCACUAGAUGA